AUGGUUGGUGUGGCAUUGAAAUUGAAUUUUUUCAUUCUUUUGAGAUUGACCGGUAGAGCCCGUGCCAAGCACUUCAGAGUCGCAGGACACAGAAGGUCGCAAGGCAGAAUAUCGAUGCAAAUGGAAGUGGACAAAAGCAGUAAGCAACGAGAUAACUCCAAACCCCGGCAGACUCAUAUUUCCCCGGAAUUGGCAAAUCAAGCCAUUAAUGAUGCUAUUACAUACUCAGGUGGGGACGUUGUGGUUAUGGCUAGAACCUGUGCAAGUGGAUUUUGUGAUGCAUUACAACAAUGCUAUGGUUCAGAAGAAAUAUCAGAUGUGUUUAUUGCUUGCGGCUCAGGUUUAAACGGCUUAAUUGGAUUGCAAGUCGCUGUAGAGCUGCAGAAGAGAGGUUAUGCACCAGCGGUCUAUGCUGCAGAGCAAUCUAAGCAUGCUAAUUUCCGAUCUGUCUGCGAUGAAGCCGGAAUCGACUUGCACGACUUCAUUCCCAGUACGCUAGAGUUUUAUUAUGACAUCGUUGUAGAUGCCUUGCUUGGAACUGGCUUUGAUGGGGGGGACAUUCGACAACAGUACUGGACUGUUUACGAGAUGCUAAUCUCAACUCGGCUUGCGAUUGUGAGCCUUGAUGUACCAUCUGGCUGGGAUCUUUCGACGGGUCCAAGAAAAAUUGAUGUGACAGCAGAUUCGUUUAUCAAACCCGAAGUGCUAGUGUCUUUAGAAGCACCAAAGCUUGGAUCAAAUGUGUUUGCCGGGGGCUACCACUUUAUAGCUGGUCGACAUCUUCCUCAAAGCUACUUUUGGAAAAGGGAAUCUCUGUUCCGGCUUUUCCCGGCGAGGAGUCAAACUGCGUGCUCAUGUCAAGUAACCCGUUUCGCUUCGAAGGUGCUAAUGGAGAGACAUAUGGGCGACCUGGACAAUUCAAUCACGAUGACCUGUGGGACGAACUAG